AUGGAACAAUGGCGAGAGCGUGGUUUUGUACCCGACUCUGAUGAGGAGGAAGAGUUUGAGCUUCUCGAGUCAAAGCAACCGACCCAGACAAUAGAAGGGCCCGUUACAACAUGUGCUUCCGUUCCUCCAGACGACGGGAAGCACGCAGAUGAUGACGAUGAUGGACUGCGAGGAGCUCCCGAGGAACCUCAAAUAGACCGUCUUGUGGCUGUUCUCAUUCAGCCUCACCGUCAACCUAGACAAUGUGGUCCACAAGAGAUUGGUGACUUGGAGGAUGACCCGUUGCAGGCAAAUGUUAGCCUAUGCUCCCGAUCAAACAAGGCUACAAAUACUCCGAGUAUUCCUCAACCCCACGCUGGCGUUCUUUCUUUGGAGGAUCCAAGUUCUUCACCAGACGAGCUACAAUUCGAGGAGCACAUAUCCCCCCACGUCCCUGCCACACCGACACGAAAGAGCCCCACAACACCGACCGGCCUUCAUCUUGAUAGCCCCGAUUCAUCUCCCUUGACCUCCCCGCCCUCUACGAUUUGUUCGCCUUUCUCACCUAGAAUCGGUGACCCUCCCCGAAGCCAAAACGCCCAAACUCCCGAUUUGCCAAAUGCGAACGCGGAAAACAUUAUUUUUGAAGACAUAUCAGGUAACGACAUUGUACCUGACUUCGCGCAGCAUGGAAGGGCCUUAAGGCAACGAAACGCUAUUCAACUCCACCCCUAUCUCCUGGAAAAUGCGCAGUAUCAGCGCCUUUUAAAAGCACGAGGUCUGCAGCCUGUUCGGGUUCACACCAAUGAUCAUGCCCCCCAAAAGGAAUCAGACGGAAGCCAGAUUCAGAGCUAUCAAGAUGAAAAUGUUCCCCCCUCAAGCAGUCCUAACGUGUCCUUCGAGUGCCCUCCCUCUUCUCCUGGAAUGACAGGCCAGAUUCAAUCGAGAGCCUCUCUCUCACCGCCCCCUGUGAAUCCCUCUUGCCUCAUCGUCAACAGGCAUAGUGGAAGAAAGUACACGUCAAAAGUAAUCAGGACCUUUGACACCCAUAGGAACCUCCUUCGCAAUAAACGCCGCAAGAUACUGGACGAAUCUACGGAAGGCAGCUCGAAUUUGACCGGUACUCCCGAUAAUAAAGCCAACACUGCUGCAAACCCGAAUAUCAGAUCUAUUAAUGAAUCGGAUAGCGCAAAUAUUUUUGAUAUACCUCUUUCCCCACCACCAUCUGGCAGCCUAUCCUCCGCUCAUUCUAACAAUGAGCAGCAAAAUACCGCUCAGUCUCGUCUCCCUCGUGAUAUAACACCUAUUGCCAUUGUCACUCCUGUUACUGAUCCACGUCCAAGGGCAAAAACAAUUCAGGAACUGUUAGCUGAGUUUCUCUCCGAACCCGAAUCUGAUGAUUCUAGUGAAAUACAUGAGCUUCCAGUUAAUAUCGGUUCAUCACCAGAAGCCCCUGAAAGUAGAUACUCUCCGGAAUUGAGGAGAAUGAAAAGGAAGAUAAAAGGUGUACUGCCAGCAUCGUGGCUGAGACUCGAUCUUCAAGAUCAUGAGAAACGAGCCAAGGAGACCUCAAAAAAAACAGCGGCCUCUUCCCACCGUGAAAAGGAGAAUGCCAAAGGUGUAGCUCGAAAAAUAGAGAGGGGCAGAACAAGCAGAAGCGAUGACAAUCCGAACGCAUUUUUGAUAUCUGACGAAUCCAGUUCAGACGUUGAACUCGUCCACGCUUUCCGGUCUUCCCACGAAACGGCCACCAAAAAGCCAAAUGCUAUAGAGCUACUAAUGAUGGGCCAAGACCAAGAUGAUGACAUUCCGGAAGAUAAUCGUAUUGAUUACAUGUUCCCACCAAAACCACGGCGUCGUGGAGGUAUUGGUGGCCGUGCAGCUGUAGGUCCGAGGAAGCGUAGGAAAGAGAAUGAUAACGCCGCAAUUAGGACUAUGCGGCGUUCCAGUCAAGCAACUAUUCGGUCACCCAACAUCACAAAUACUAGACCGCGGACUCAACACAGACCGCCGCAGGUAGCGAGGCUGAGCAUACUGGAUUUGCCGGCCUUUGAAAAGGGAGGCCCAAUAAUGCCGCCACAGUUUCUUCGUGUUGCAGCUCGACGUGCCCGGAAACGACGAGAUAAUGCUCGACAAAGUCCAAAUCGCAAAUAUUUCCGUCUCGAUAAUAAAAAUGACACUGUGGAUGUUAAUGAAACACUGCGCCAAUGGAGAGCUGGCACAAUACCUCAAAACACCCCCAACCGUGCGCCCCAGAGCACCAGCCGCCAGGCAAUCGCAAAUUCGAAAAUCACAGGCUAUUCUACUCCUAUAGAGUCGUGUGAUAAUAGCAGAGAAAAAGCCCUUGUAGGCGAACCAGCCGAAACCGAUGUGGACCUGACGUCCAAUCACAGCAACAUCACUUCAUUAAAUUCUAAAAGACCAUCAAAGCCCCGAUUUAAUCAGAGCCGCUUGGCACGACACGGUUUUGUGGUCUCGUCUUUCAAGAGACAUGUUCCAAGAUCCGCUGAAGUCAAUGAUAGUCGAGAGACGCCUUCUAAAAAGCAAGCCCCUGGAUUAUUUCAAAAGACGUUAUCUGCACUAAACGCAGACUAUAGACGCGUACGCAAGGGCAAUCGAUUUCCCUUGGAAAGGAUCAUCUCACUAAAACAAAAUGCGGAACACAAGAGUAUUGGCCCCAUUGUACCACCCGGUAUCUCCGGGACCGUCUCCCAAAGACUGCCUACGUCAAAUAAUCCAGUCAAAAAAGUAAGGAAACCAAAAAAGAGAAUACCUCGACAUAUUGAUGCCGAUGCUGUUGAGUAUCGACAACCACCUCAACAUGACUUUGAGCCAGUUCAAGCUCUAUCCGUAUGGUCCGAAGAAACCAAUGAACUUCAUUCUCUGAAGGGCCUCAGAACAGCCCAAUCGUAUACUAUUGAUUUCGACACCUUCCCCCUACAGAUUGGAACUUAUUUCCACGAGUCUACGUUCGUUGGGAGUGGCAAAUUUUCUCGUUCUUUAAAUAUUCAUAUCCGAGACCUUGACGUAGAUUGCGGUCAUUCUCUGAUAGUUUAUGAUAACCACACCUAUCGAUGGGGCCCUUGGAAUGAUACAAUUUACUCCGAACUUGAACUCUUACUUGAAAAGGUUUUCCUCGGCCCUACAGGAUUUGAUACGUCCUCAACUUCGGCUUGUUCCCAAGCCACACAUAUUUUAGAGUCGAUAGUUCUGUUUAUCAAUCAGAAUCUCUCUUUUAGCGACCCUGUUGAUAGAAAAUUAUUUGUCGACAGAUGCCUUUCUCUUUUAGUUGAGGGAUCCCGUCUAGAUAUAUUUGCGACGCAAUGUGCCGAUGACAUUCUAUACCGCCUUCGGGUCGGCAUGUAUAGUUUAGUACUCGCCAAUCAAGUACACCAAGUUGCGUCCCAUCAAUUGAUUGCCCAAAUGAAGCUUUCAGAAGUCUACAGGGUGAUACAAGAUAUCUCAUCCCAGAUUUUUCAAAUUGUUUUGAGUGUUCCAGGAAUAUCUUGCGUCCGUCGUUUUCUCGAGGAUAAUAAACGGCUCGAAAACCGAGAAACCGGGAUUCGUGGGCAGUAUCCCUUCAUGGAAGCCUACUUGGUAGCCAUGCACAUCACUCGUGGCCAAAAUCUACCAGGGAAAACACUGACUGAUAACAGCUUGACAAAGGCUUUUCUGGCAUCAUUCACUAUCAAUGAAAGUGCUGUGGAUAUUCGCAAUUUUGAGCAAGCUUGGCACAGUUUAUUUUCUAUUCUGCCUCUCCAAGAACUCAAUGAUCUUGGCAUAUAUUGUGUCGGGCUUAGAUUUAAAGACUAUCAUGAUAACUGGUCUGUUGUCACACGAUUGAUAUCGAGGAUAUUAGGUGUUUUCAACGAAAGCCAUGCUAUCCAGAGCCCCCACUUCACUAGGUAUAUCAAGGCGUUAUUCCACAGAUGUUUCCACUUAAUUAAAGGAUGGGGCUGGCGAUCUUGCAAACCGAUUCUCGAGAUACUUUUUGACCUUUUCGCAGGAAAUCAAUUCCACAACCUACAUCAUGAAACCGUGUACGGAUCUCCGAAGUUUCUUGAUGAUCUUGACAGGCCUGUAGUUUUUGAAGUCAAUGAAUCCAGAGAUACCUGUUUUCAAAUCUUCCUGAAAAUUGCCGGUUUUGGGCUGCGCUCCAUGGCUACAAUUCAGGAGAAAAAGCAACUUCGAAACAUCGCUUGGAGACUAUUACCUAACCACGGGCGCGUUUACCCUAAAGAACAGCCCUUACGCCAGGAAGACUUGAAUGCGCUCCGAAACCACCACGACCUCCUUUGUACUCUAUACUGGGCGGUUCCAGAUGACUGCCGGCCGCGACUAGAAACUAUCCGGCAUUUAGUGCACCCUAUGACUUCUCAUAAAGAAGCGUGCAGUAUCAACUUGCAGUCCUGGUCAAGAUUAGUUCGGUUUAAACUGUCGACUAAUGAGUGCGACUCGGGUCUUGUGGAAUUUGCGAGUUGGCACACUGAUUAUACUGUGGAAAUGUUAAAGCAACAUGCACUCGCCCGAACCGAACUAGAGAAUGCAAAUAUUCCAGCGUCCGUCUUCGAUCAAAGGUCAAUUGAGAAUGCGAUUGGUAAGAACCAAAGACAAAUAGAGUCUCUUAUCAAUGGUGCUUUAGGUGGUGUGAUAGGAGCGUUGGAGGCAGCAAGAACUUUAUCUCAAGGCAAGAUAUUGAUAGAACAACUGCCACUGGAAAAGCUCUUUUCUUUGUUUGAUCCAUCUGUCAAGCGAUUGAAUAGUGUUGUCUGUCAGAUCCUAGAUUUAUUGAGCGCAUACGGCGCCAUUGAAACUCGGCAAGCUGAGAAAUCGCGAACAGUGGUGGACACGAGCGAGGAUAGUCAAGACUAUGGUGAUUGGACUGGGUUUGACGAAAUAUGCAGCCAACAGGCGAAAGCCGUAGACCCUGCAAUUUCUUAUGUCAAUACCGAUAUCCGGCCUACACUUUCACGUUUCAUAUCACGUAUUUUUGGAGAAGAGCUGAUACCCGAUGACUCUUUACUUGUGAAAACGAUACAUACAUGGAUAGAUGUCGCUCGUUUGCUUGUCAGGUACCAGAUUACCCAAUGGAGCAGCUACCUCAGCCCCUACAAUGGCGACUCAUGGGCAUCCCUAAGAAUCACCGACCAAACGAGACGGUUCAUGCCAUAUUUCCUCGCUACCCUUAUACAAAGUGGACCUGGUGCUUUUACGGAAUGCAGAAAUCAAAUCCUCAAUUAUUGGAUAGAGUCUCUGGCGGAAAGGGGUUCAAUGUUAAAAUUCCAGCACAUACUUUCAACAGCCAUCCUUAACGAAGACGUCGAGGAUCCUCUGUUGAAAAAUUUACCAUUUUCAGCAGGCAGAGUUGAUGGAAAAUACCAAAUAUCACUAGAAGAGUUCUGUCAAAGAAGAGUAUUACUCAUAUCCUGUCUUCUCUCGAACAUGAGGGAGCACCUGACCGAGCUCGAAGAGGGAAAUGAUGUAGAUAUGAAUAUGAGCGGUCAAUACUGCGAGAUGAUUCAAACCCUAAUGGCAACAAUGCGUCGAAACUACGAAGAGCUCGGAAGCCCCAACGGUCCUCUUCAUGGCGCUUAUGUUGAUUUUGUUCACAAGGUAGUGGAGUUCUUGCAAGAACACUCUCAGGGAAUUUGCCAGAUAGACGAGUUUUUUCUGGACCCAAGCACAUUCCCAUUGCCCGCCUCUGACCCCACAUAUGUGGUUGCUAAAAUGAGAAGCUAUGGUGUGCGAUUGUCCGUUGCCAAGAUUGCGAAGCAGCUUGUGAUGUUUGUUCAGAAUGUGUCGGAAAGAGCUGCGGUAGAUGGCCACCAAAUGUAUCUUGUUGACCAACUGUUUAAAGCGAUGGAUCACAAGUACAGCGAUAAAGACUAUCGCCAACCAUGUCUGCGCUCGUUUUUCCUGCAAUGUGUACUCCCUGUCUAUGUGGAGUCAGCGUUUAGCAGCCCUGUCGGUUGGAUCCUUGUACGGCCAUUACUACAGGCAACUACUCGAGUCUUUAUGGAUAUAUUGUUGGACGUAAACACAGCCAACGAUCAAUACGUCUCCCUUAUUGAAGGAUCCCUGAUGACGUACUUCAACUCUGUUAGCCAUGCAUUCCGGCUAUUAACUGAUCACCCAGGUUUGCUUGAAGAACCACCGGUUUUACUUGCCCUCAUCUCCCUCCUGGAAACGAUUAUUGCGUCUCUCGCUGCCAUCGACUUCUUCUACCGAAUAUCCGAACGUGCGGCUCCAUUAUUACAUUAUGUGGAAUAUUUCAAACAAUUCCUGUUCUUUGCAGUCACCUCACUUCUCGAUCCAUCUGCCGCUAGGGAGCCUUGUUUUGUUGAUGUCGCUCCAGCCACAAUAACUGAUACACCCACAUUUUUUCACGGCGUUCGAGAGUUCGCUACCAAACAGCUACAGAUAUGGUUGAAAAAUGACUGGUCUCUGCAUAACGGACAAUAUUUUGUGCGCAGAGGAACCCAAAAUAAGCGGGUCGAUGUCGAUCCAUCGUGUUUGACCGGAGAUUUAGCCAAAACGCAGUUUAUGGCGACCGUCGAGGUUUUCUUUGGUGCUAUAGAUAGACUGUGGACAUUUUCAUCCACAGCACUAUGA